AAAACUGCAAUCCAUACGGCCAUCUCAAGCAAAUACAAAAGUAGCCGGGUCCGGUGCUAAGGUCAAGCGAUCGCCGCCGUCCACAGAGUAUAUCGCCAUCCACCUCAACGUUACUGCCCCGCGUGGUACUGAACCGCAUCGAUCCCCAUGAGUUUGAGCGCAUUCGAGUUUCGUACAAGGUUGCCAUCCGAAGCACCCGCAGCAGUCGUACUAAUAGCGGGGCUCAUCCUGGCAUGAACAUGGGCCAAAAGAUCAGUGGAGGUGUCAAAACGGUCAGCAGCCGUGACCAACCAUCGCCCUUUAUCCCGAAGAUCCCGCGCGAACUGGCGGCGCACUUCCAGCGUCCGGCCCGACUUGAUCUUCUGCUCGAUAUGCCACCGGCCGCUCGCGAAACGCCGAUCAAAUACUCCUGGAACUCGGAGGACCGCUCGCUCAAUGUGUUUGUGAAGGAGGACGACAAGAUGACAUUCCACCGGCACCCGGUGGCACAGAGCACAGACUGCAUACGGGGCAAGGUGGGCUUCACCAAGGGACUGCACGUGUGGGAAGUGUUCUGGUCGACGCGGCAGCGAGGUACGCAUGCUGUGAUCGGUGUUUCCACAUCUGAGGCACCACUCCACUCCGUAGGUUAUCAAAGUCUGGUCGGUUCGAACGACCAGAGUUGGGGCUGGGACUUGGGGCGCAAUAUGCUGUACCACAAUUCGAAAACCUGCCCCGGCGUCACGUACCCAGCGAUACUUCAGCCAGACGAGACCUUCCUAGUGCAGGACAAAUUCCUAGUAGCGUUAGACAUGGACGAGGGAACGCUCAGUUUCAUCGUCGACGGUCAGUAUCCGGGGGUGGCAUUCCGGGGGCUCAAGGGACGAAAGCUCUACCCGAUCGUGUCCGCAGUCUGGGAGCACUGCGAAAUCACCAUGAAGUACAUCGGUGGCCUCGAUCCUUUAUCGUCUUCCUGCAAUCCACCAUAGAUGAAUUCAGCUCUAAUCUGAUAAAUCAGUCGUGCAACCAAUCCAUUUACGAAGUGGAGGCAAUCCGACAUUUUGAAUACAAUCAUCGUUGCAGUGGUUCAACACAUCAGAAAUUUAAAAGCCCUUAUAAGCUAUGAGAUUGGAGACGCGU